GAGUCGACUAUCAGUAAGGACUUGAGCGUUUUCAAAACCUCUUCGUCCACAACAUCUCAAACAAAACGAACGACCACAGCGGACGGAAACUGGGGUCUUUGGAAUGGCUCGUCUGAGUGCAGCAGGACCUGCGAAGUGGGACUGAGAUUCAAGGACCGCACGUGCUCUAACCCCGCCCCCGACCAGGAUGGUCGGUUCUGCCAGGGCGAACCACGUGACAAUGAGGUCUGCAUGAAUGACACAUGUGAAGCCGGUCACUGGAAUCUGUGGUCAGACUGGUCUGAAUGCAGCACCACGUGCGGCCUGCGUCAGAGGUCGCGACACAGGAACUGCUCCGUGCCAGAAGUGUUUGGUCCCGUCUGCUUCGGGGACGCGAUCGAGAAGGACUUGUGCAACUUAACGGAUUGUAAAGAUGACCAGUGGAUGAAGUGGUCCGUCUGGUCAGUAUGCAGCAUCACGUGCGGGGUGGGUCUGAAGACCCGGUCACGAGACUGUGGUGGUCAGCUGGGACACUCUUGCAUGGGUAAUACCACCGAUUCCGGUCUGUGUCACACCAGCCAAUGUGACGAUGCAAUGCUCGCGUUCGCCACUACCGGGGUCCCGACGCCUGGAGAGCGAAACGGUACCAUAAAAUUCACCCUCGUAGACACUAACGUAGGUAACGAUUACAACAACGAGACCGGUGUGUUUGUGUGCCGCAUUCCGGGCCUCUACCAGUUCUUUGUAAGCAUCGAGAAGCAAAUCAAUGUAUCGCAGGCCAACUGUCGCCUUAUGUUGAACAAUGCUUCGACGAUUCUGAUCGCCGCCCGGUCUGCGUUUAUCCACUCGGAUGGCUUCCAGCAGGCGGGCAAUUCCAUUGUGCUGGAUUUGAAAAAGGUGAUGAGGUGUACCUUGGCUACUGCUCCGAUCCAUCUACCAUGACGAUGGGCGGCGUGUUCAGUGGAUCGCUACUAUCCAUGCAUUAGGCGGACCUUACCCGUACUACGUUAUGGUUAUUUGUUUUUGUAUUCUAAACAAUUUACGUCGACGUUGUGCUCCAUUUUGUACAUCAUUUUGUGUCACACGCUGUUGGCAUGUUAUGCGAAAUAUUUCUGUUUCUUUUGCAAUUUGAACGCCGGUCCGCUAAAGAACAUCCCGUUAACACCAUAAACGAUCAUCGACCACUUUUAGUUCGUUCACGCGUUCCUGUGACUGUUUUGUUUCAUCUAGGUACAAAGUCCAGCUUUUUGUUAUAAUAGUCCACGAACAGUCAACUACCAGACGUGUACACAUAUAAAAACAGUUAUUUAGAGAUGAUAAAUCAAAUCUGUUUUUUACGUAAUAUCAGUUUUUGUAAAACGGAUAAUGAUGACAUAUUCGUAAACAUAUUUAAAAAUAUAUAACGAAUAUAGUUUAUGCGAACAAUAUUAGUAUUACUGUAAAUGGUAUAUUUUUCCAACAGUAUUUUUUUUAAUUGCUCACGUCGCAAAUGUUCGAUCCAACUGUGUUUUGGUUGAAAAUAAAAACGAGACCAGAAAAACGUUUACAAAAACAGACGUAUGUUUAUUUUACUUAGAUUGAUUGGGUUACGAUUCAAUAAAACGGAUUUCACUAA